UAAGUAUGUUUCUUUGCAUGUAUAAAUGCUUUAAAAUAAAAAUAAAAAUUGAUUUUGUAGCUUUAGAACAAGCAUUUUAUAUGUAAUGUAGGCAAGGGCCUUGGUUUACGAGAAGCCGCCUUCUUGUGCUGCCAUGUUUCUACAGGAGCCCAGAUGUAAAAAACUAUAUCCAGAGGUUUUGCAUUAGCAGUGGAGCUGCAACAAGUCCUAAAAUCAGAUUAGCUGUAAAUACAUAAAACAGUUAUAUGAGGUUAUCUCAACGAUGUACACGACAAACUGACAUGUUUACAACCAACAGCUUGGGUUUGCAUCCAAUUACUAACAAACAAACACCCGUGAUGUGCUGAUGUUUGUCAUUUGGUACGGAAAUCAUUACAUUUUUUGCGAGAGUUGCGUCAGGAAAGGCUUAGGAUCCUCUAAAAGAACAUGCCAGACCAGACCAUCAAGGAACGGGUUAGCAAUGGUGUUGUUGACCGACAAGUAUGCUCCACAAGUUAAUGACCUGACUUAAAUUUAAUGCCACAGUUUCACUCAAUGCAUUUACAUUAAUAUUAAAAGUCCGAUUUUAGUCAGACUAAGACAAUAAUUUGGUUUUGUUAUAUACAUAUAUUUUGUCAUAUAAACAUAAUAGUCACCUGGAAGUAAAAUACCUGGAUAAUGUCUUUAAUUCAUAGUCUGAUUACUCAUUCAUACGGUUAGUCAGACUGGAGUCAGACUUGGCGUUCUGCACAUGCACCAAAAUUGUCUCCCUGGUCUUUGACCCGGAAGUAGACGUCUUUCUGCAGCAACAACCACAACAGGAAACUGAUCCAAUACGCACUAGCUUAUAGAGAGAUAUUGCGCCAUCUGCAAAUUGUCUGAUUGCCCGUCUUAGUCGGACUACGGCCUUAGCUCGAUUACACUGUGCACGUAAACGUACUGAGUGAAAAUCUGUGUUCCAGGGAUGAAGAUCUCCAGUUGUGGAUGUCUUCAGGUCACAUGAUGCUGCCUGAUGAGAGGCUGCAGUGCCUUUGCAUCUCUGAGCGAACAGGAAGUGCAGCCCUGAACCUGUGGAGGAACACCGGCCUCAGAACGUCCUUCCCCUCUUCUCCUCAAAACUGUCGUCUCACAGAGGGUCCAGAAGAACCCUGGAUCAGCCUGGUCUUAAAUACGAGGGACGUUUUCACUUUGAUCACAAGGAACAGACAUUUGGAGACUCAGCAGAAUACGAUGACAAUGGAUCGUCCCAAAAAGUGCAUUGUCUUCUGCAGUGAGGACAUACCAUCGAGACUUUUUAGUGACUGUCGGACAAUCGUGGAGAAAACCGAUUCCCAUAUUAGUGAUAACAACAAUUCCACCGUGUUUUCCACGUCUGAUCCCAACAACAACUCUGUGGUCGGUCACUGUGGAGCGACACACGGAGAGAACUUUAAUCUAUGCACACAUAAAAGUCUUCCAGCAGACUCGUCUGGAAAAGACAGGAUGGUGAAAAUGAGGAAGAGUGUGUCCUUCGAUAAUGACGUCAUGGUCUACCUGUUCGAUCAGGAGAGUCCCACCAUGAAGCUGCACUCUGGGCCCGAUGUCACAUUAGAAGACAACGGCCUGGAGUGGGAAGACGACUUCUCGGCUCUGGAGGAGAGCCUCCAUGUUGGCCGUGUCAGCUGCGCCUCCUCUCAGCCUCCGUGCAGGCUGCAGCGUUACCUCGUGUCUCAGGCCUGCCUCUUCCUCACACACGUCGCAGAGUCAGACCUUGAGCUGUGAGAUAAACGGCUCGGUGUCACUGUGGCAGUCAAAUACGCAGCCAAAGGCCAUCUCACUGUCACCGUGGCCUAACGUGACAUCCACACUUGUUUUCCUUCCAAACGUCCAGCCUUGGUCUCAUGGAAAAAGUGACUAAUCGCUGCAGAUCUGCGUCCUCUUCACCUCUUACUCAUCUCUCUCCUGUGUUAUGAUGAGUCAGGGGAUUUUAAUGGCUUUUCCUCUCUCUCCCUCUCUCUCUCUCUCUCUCUCUCUGCUCUAAAUGGAUCCAGUUAAAGCACCUGCUGUUCGUGACAUCACGGCACUUCAGGACUGUGUGACAGUGCAUUUCAGCGUCGACAGUUGACACAACCACUGGCUGUGAUGUGAUAAACCUGCCGGUUGCGUAACAGUGCUGGUGCCUGAGCUAUGAAACAUUAGUAUUUCCUUUUAAAUUCUCAUGUGUGAGUGAAAUCAAGAGUCCAUAUUUAAAGAGAUUCCCGGUUGUUGUUGUUGUUGUUGUUGUUGUUGUUUACUCGGUUUGUUUUUGCUUGAACAUACUGUAGCAUUCUCGUGUUGACGACCGGUUUGCUCGACUCAUUACUGAGGGUGUAUCCAGCUGGGAAUUUAUCAGCGGCUGUGGCUAAACAAACAAAGCGUGAGCUCCGGGGGUCAGUGGAGGCAGAAACAGAACAAACUAACAGAGCAACAGAUACUGUUUCCACAGACAGAGGCAACCAGCAUCAGCAGGGUGCGCUUGAUUAGAUACAGUGUACUCCAGGAGCAGAGGAAACCUGGCAGGACCAGUGUCUCACACACACACACACACGUUGUUCAAGGACAUCAAAAACCAAAAGAGAGGUGGGAGCAACACACCUGUAAGAUUCACACAUACACAGUCAUGUGAACGCUUCCCAUUCAUUUGAAUGGAGCAGCGUUGUUUUUGCUCUGAUUUGUUCGUAUGAGUGCGAACGCAGUUGAAAAAUGUUCAUCGACGGCUAAUCAAAGCUCAUUUUUACAUAUAAAGUCAAUGCAAAGAUACGAGUAGAGGCUAAUGUCGCGUUGGCCAGGCAAUUGUGAGUUGUGCGAACAUCGCGGCACAACACAUAGCGCUAAUGGUGAGUACGAACGCAGCACAGUCACGUUAGCUCAAACACAGUCAAACACGGCUCGGACAAGGUCGGGCUCCCUGUUAACGAUGUUUAUCGUUGGACUAAACACACUCAACAUUACCAGCACAACAUUUAGCAAUAUUAGCAACUCUAGCUACGUAGUUAGACACUUCAAUAGUGGACAAAAUUGCUCAGAGUGUUCGGCUGCUUCUUGUGUCAGGUAAACAAAAGCACACUGACCGACAAUAGAGUAAUCAUUAGACCUUAAAUACAUCAACAGUUGAUUGGGAUGUCAAUAAUCAAUAACAUGGAGGAAUUCAGCCGGCUUAGCAUAUUUUAAUUUUCGCCCAUAAAUUUCUGUUUUUUUGUUGGACUAAAUGCCCCAUUAGCAACUCCAGCUACGUAGUUAGCUAUAACAGAAACCGCUCUGCUAACCGCUGCUAGCACAAAACGUCACACCCGCCCUCUGUCAAGACUUAUGUUGUGUUCCAUUCACAACUUGGAACGUUCCAGAAAGAAGUUGGGGGAGGGGCGGGGGUUCAUGGACAAAAACAUAUCCCAGGCUAGCUAUUGUUAGCAAUAUGUUGUAUUUUGUGCACACGAACAGUGCAAAAUGAAACAGUAUUAUAUGUACGACUGAUUUACUGUGAAACAAAUACGACAGAAGUUAUAUUGUUCACAUUUAUGAACAGAUGAAGCAGCAUCGAGCGCCGCUGAACUGCUCUGUGCGUCUGUUGCUUUGCUUUGCUUGUGUUGUGUGAGGCAGAAGUUCAUAAACGUUCAAAUAUGUUCUGCAAAUGUACCAACGCAGGUGCUACAACCAUUAAUGUGAUGCAGCUCAAACACUACACACCCUCAACACAGCUGUUGGCUAAAAUAUACACAGAAUUGUGGUUUCUUGUGCAAAGUUUGCACAUUUUUUACGCUCAUUAUUAGCCGCGAGGAAUAGGGAAAUUGUACUUGAAAUGAAACAUGAUGGAAUAAAACCUGUACUGAACACUCUGUUAAAAUACUCUGUAAAAUAUGUAUAUCUGGGGAGAAGUGAAUGAUUACAAAAUGGCCAAUUAAAGAAUAAAAAACAGACAGUUUCAUCCAUUCACAACAACAACGACCCACUUUUCUUAGCUUCAAAGCAAGACCACAACAC